GAUUGGCUGCGAGCUCGCCUGGCAGGAAGAAAGAGCUGCUGUGUUGAGGCCGAAAAACUCAGACACAAUCUGGAAAGAGGGGACGACAACAAAAUACCUGUGAAGAUUAUACAGACUCAACAGGAGCUGCGAGAGGCGGUUUUAUUUGCGUGCCAUGGCGACCGGGCGAGUUGUGCCUGGCUUCACGGCAGUGUCUCUGCCAGCAAGUCCGGCUCACUCUUAAUGAGUGUGUGCUGUGUGCAGAUUUAAAAUCUUUACAUGGGGGCAACAUAGCUGCGUGCUCGCUAUCGCUGCUGCUGAUGGUCGCAGAAAACAACUAUUUAUUUUUUUGCGCAAAACUGAUGAGGGGAGCGUAAAUAUUCCGCCUGGAGCAGCGUGGGUUUUAUUACCUAAAAAUCUCCCCCGUUUGACGUCUCUGCAUCAGAAGUGUAACUGGAACCACGUUGCAGCAGAGCGUGACCAGCUACGAAGAGGACAUUUGCAAGUAGAUUAGUAAGUCAGGAGGCAGUGCCAUGAAUCAGCCCGGGCAACAGCUGCUACCCACAUAGAGGUCACUUUACCUCUCUUUCUAUUUGAUUCCGUCCAGAGGAUGCUGGGAAUGUGUCGCGGGCGCAGGAAGUUCCUGGCGGCCUCCCUCGCCCUUCUCUUCAUCCCAGCACUUACCUGGCUUUACCUAUCCGUCGGCAGCUUUCAAGUGAAGCCCCUCCCCCUUUCCCCGUUGGAAAUCCAGUCAUCCACACCUGUAGGAGAUGUCGGCGAGCGACAAGCGUUGGAGUCUCGGGUGCGGGCGGUGGAAGAGGAGAACCGGGCGCUGCGCCGGGAACUUAGCCGGCCCCCCAGGAGCCCGUCGGCACACCUUCCAUACGGCGGCCACCAUGGCAACCAAAGCAAAACCCACUCAGAGGAAGGCACCGGUGACAACGAGGUCCAGAAAGCUGCUGCAGCGGGAAACAGUUCAGACUGUGUCCAACAUCCAGUCGUGGAGAAGUGUGAGACCAUCCAUGUUGCCAUCGUAUGUGCAGGCUACAACGCCAGUCGAGAUGUGGUCACACUGGUAAAGUCGGUACUUUUCCACAGGCGGAACCCCCUCCAUUUCCAUUUCAUCACAGACUCCAUAGCUCAGCAAAUCCUGUCCUCUCUGUUCCACACCUGGAUGGUUCCUGCUGUUCGGGUCGACUUCUAUGACGCAGAUGAACUGAAGUCAGAGGUGUCAUGGAUCCCAAACAAACAUUACUCUGGAAUCUACGGUCUGAUGAAGUUAGUGCUCACUAAGACACUCCCAUCGGAUCUACAAAAAGUCAUCGUUCUGGACACAGAUAUUACUUUUGCCACGGACAUCGCUGAGCUCUGGGCUGUCUUCCACAAGUUUAAAGGCCAGCAGGUUCUGGGUCUGGUGGAGAACCAGAGUGACUGGUACCUGGGAAACCUGUGGAAGAACCAUCGGCCCUGGCCUGCACUGGGUAGAGGCUUUAACACUGGGGUGAUUUUGCUUCUCCUCGAUCGACUACGAAAGCUGAGAUGGGAGCAGAUGUGGAGGUUGACUGCGGAGCGGGAAUUGAUGAGCAUGUUGUCCACUUCAUUGGCAGAUCAGGAUAUCUUCAAUGCUGUCAUCAAACAGAACCCAUUCCUGGUUCACCAGCUUCCAUGCUUCUGGAACGUUCAGCUCUCAGACCACACCCGCUCUGAGAAGUGCUACAAAGACGUGUCAGACCUCAAGGUCAUCCACUGGAACUCUCCCAAGAAACUUCGAGUCAAGAACAAGCACGUGGAGUUUUUCCGUAAUCUCUACCUAACCUUCCUGGAGUAUGACGGCAACCUGCUGCGGCGAGAGCUGUUCGGCUGUCCCAGCGAAGCCGAUCACAACAGCGAGAAUCUCCAGAAGACGCUGUCCGAGUUGGAUGAAGACGAUCCGUGCUACGAGUUCCGUCGAGAGAGAUUCACCGUCCACAGAACGCACCUUUACUUUCUCCACUAUGAGUACGAUGUCAGCCCUGACAACACAGACGUCACGUUAGUCGCCCAGCUCUCCAUGGACAGGCUCCAGAUGUUGGAGGCCAUCUGUAAGCACUGGGAAGGGCCCAUCAGCUUGGCCCUGUACCUUUCCGACGCCGAGGCCCAGCAGUUCCUGCGCUACGCUCAGGGCUCAGAGGUGCUCAUGAGCCGUGGCAACGUAGGUUACCACAUCGUCUACAAAGAGGGACAGUUCUACCCCGUCAACCUGCUGCGCAAUGUCGCAAUGCGGCACGUCAACACACCUUACAUGUUUCUCUCAGACAUCGAUUUCUUGCCCAUGUAUGGCCUCUAUGAGUAUCUCAGGAAGUCAGUUGUUCAACUAGACAUGGCCAACACCAAGAAAGCACUGGUGGUGCCAGCGUUUGAGACGCUGCGCUAUCGUUUGUCCUACCCCAAAUCUAAAGCGGAGCUGCUCUCUCAGCUGGACAUGGGAACUCUCUUCACAUUCAGGUACCAUGUGUGGACCAAAGGCCAUGCACCAACAAACUUUGCCAAGUGGCGGACAGCCACCACACCCUACAAGGUGGAGUGGGAGGCGGACUUUGAGCCGUACGUCAUGGUGAGAAGGGACAGCCCCGAGUACGACCGGCGCUUUGUAGGCUUUGGCUGGAACAAGGUGGCGCACAUCAUGGAGCUGGAUGCACAGGAAUAUGAAUUUGUGGUCCUGCCCAACGCGUACAUGAUCCACAUGCCCCACGCGCCCAGCUUCGACAUCACCAAGUUCCGCUCCAACAAGCAGUACCGAGUCUGCCUCAAGACCCUCAAGGAAGAGUUUCAGCAGAACAUGUCGCGGCGCUACGGCUUCGCCGCCCUUAAGUACAUGACGGCCGAGAACAACAGCUAGCCUCCGCUGCCGCCGCUGCAGAUCCCCGCUCCCCGCGCCCCGAAAGGUGAAUGACUACACCAUAGAGACAUUGGUCGGGGGGUAGGAAGUGCGGCGCAGAACAAAAAGAUGGCGGAAUAAGUCAAAACUUUCCCUCAAACUCUGCUGGACCACCCAGGAAUUAGUCACCUCCACUCGGAUGGGGGGAAAUAAGCAGCGGCGCCCCCUGCUGCAUUUUUAGGCUUAACGCUGCGUGUGCAUGUGUGUUACGGUACACGCAGGUGUGUGCGUCGUGUGACCAGGGGCCGUGCCGGAGUGAGGAAACACAUUUGGGACGACACUUUAUCAUCAUGGCGGCGAGACAAAUCGGUCAACAUUGAGGCGAGUGGUCAUCGAGCCAAUCAGCUGCUGCGGGUACAAAUCUCAAUCCAUCCAUCUUUGUUUUGUGUGAAGUUUGAAUCAGAGCGCCAUCCUUCUCGCUUUUUUUCUUAUACUUGCCUCUAGUUAGAUGACAUUAUAUUGUAAUAGUGAAGUAUUCUUUAGUAUAGUACAGUAGUACUCCUGCCUUCCAGUGGCUGCACUUCAUCUUUUUACAGCAGGGGUGUCCAAAGUGCGGCCCGGGGGCCAUUUGCGGCCCGCAGCUAAUUGUUUACCGGCCCGCCACACAUUCUGCAAAAAUUGCAAAAUUGAUAAUAUUGCAAAAAUUUUAAAAAACAUUUUAAAAAAGUGGAAUGAGGUGAAAUCUAACAAGAAAAAGUUGCAAUGUUGACACAAAGCUGCCAUGCAGGCUGUUUUUUUUCUUUUGUCUUUGUUUAUUUUUCUUUUUUUUGCCAUUGCUAAAAAUAAAAAAAAAACACUAAAAAUCUAUGUUAUAAUGAAUUAUUAGUUAAAAAAUAUCACUUUAAAAUGUUUUAUGUGGAAAAAAUAUUGCAUAUAUUGUGUGGUUGCCAUAUAAAAACAACGUUUUAUUCGACAAAAGAGCAUAAAACAAACAAAAUAAUAGUUCAAACGUAAAAUCGACAGAUACAUCUGAAGUUGAUCUCGUAAUUUAAGUGUUAAAAGUUAAAAAAAACUAAUAAAAAUGUAUCACUUUAUGAGUGGGGGACCUUUUGGAUCCCAAAUAUAUUUAGUAGGAUUUUAUUUAACUUUUCACUGUGAUUACUCAAAAAUAUUAAAGAAUUAAAAUCAAUGGUGUCCUGCAUUAUUGAUCUUUUAAGGCUCUGAUUACUAAAUACUGUGUAUUUCAGUUUUACUAUAAAAAACAGAGUUGUCUUUGACUUUAUAUCAACCUCAAGUUGAUAUAGAGAUUUACUGUAAGCGUUAAAUAAAAAAUAAUAAUAAUAAUUUGACUUAUUUUUAACAGUUUAAUGACGGAGACCCUUUAUAGUCUCCGGGAGCCCUAAAGGUUAAAAAAAAAAAAAAUCCAUAUAUUUUGUUAAGGUUUGAAAAUGAAAAAUAUCAAAAUGGCCCCCCCAUGCUUAAAUUUUUCUGUGUACGGCCCUCAGUGGAAAAAGUUUGGACACCCCUGUUUUACAGCAUUUACUAAAACCCCUCAAGUGAUCUAAUAAAGUCCUAAAUUCUAAUGAUUCCUUAAUAGUAGCUGUGGGCGAUACUGCAAAUGUCAAUAUCGAUUCGAUACCAACUUAAUACACAGCCAGUGUUGCUGAUACUUCCAUCCAUCCAUUUCCUACCGCUUGUCUCUCUCGGGGCUGCGGGGGGUGAUGGAGCCUUUGUUACUUGAAAUGAUUCCUUGAAUGGUUGAAUCAUGAUUAUAAUCAGUAGUCCAGUAUAUAAUCUGAUACAACCCUUGGUAUGGAUAUUAUCAAUAUUUGCAUCAAUCCACCCGCCCCUACUUAACAGUACAGUAAGUUUGGACGCACACAAAGAAACACAAUUCAUUCACUAAUAGGAUAAUGAUCACUUUCAAAUUUAAAAUGUGUUUAAUAUCCUUGGAAGGUUGCGGUGGCUUCUAAUAUUUGAAUUUAGUCACACAGGAGAGUCAAAUCAGGAGAUGAGUUUUUUUGUAAAUUAAGAUUUUUUUAAAGAUUUUUUGUGCUGAAAAUGUUUUUAAUUUAUUUUAUCUUGAACAUUUUAGUAUUUUAUUGAUUUCUUUUAUUUUUUUACUGUCGUAAAACUAGAGGCCUCUUUCUCCUUUCCCUCCAACCUCUCAGAAGAAGGAGAUAGGCGUGAUGAUACAGGUGUGUGUGUGUAAAUGUAUUGUGUGUGUGUUUUUAUGACGUGUGGGGGGCUGCGGUGUGCAAAAAGUAGGACAGUGCGGACUGAUGCUGCUACCGGAAUAAAAGGCAAAAGUGUCAAACUGUUGGUUUGUUAGUUUUUUUUUCUCGCAAAAAGUAAAUGAAGCUUCUCUCAAAUGUCGAGUUUAAGUGUGUGUGCUGCAUUGUGGGAAAUGUAGUGUCAAUUCAGACUGCUUUCUGGGGUUCUCACCCGCUACUAUAGUUGGGAUUCUCUGUUAAAAAUUCAUAGUCCUCAAAGGAAGCUCUUAUAUCAGCAAGAAUAUUAUAUUUAGAUGACAACCUAGUUCAUCGGCUCCCUGGUGCCCAACAUUCCCCAGAGGAGCUGUCCCUUUAAAUUAUUUGAAUACAAGUCCCACGGCAACUGCUUCCUUUAAAGUUUUUUAAAGGAGGGGAGACCUUUGAGCUGCUCUUCAAUGUGAUAUUUAUCAUUAAGGUUCUGAUUGUUUUUAUAU